CCGCCCCGCAAAGCGUGUGUGUGUGUGCGGGAGGCGGGCGGCUGCGGCUCCUCGGAGACCGAGGUAGAGAAGGGUGUCGGGGGCGGCCGAAGCGGAGAGGGUGCAGCAGCCGGAGCAUGCUCUCCAUGCAACAGUUCCCUGCCCUGCCUGCGGAGGAGGAGCGCUACCGGCAGGUCCUCUCCGCCAACGGGGUCUUAGGAACAGAUGAGGAUAAUAUGGGGGAUGGUUGCUCUCAGAAACUGGCUUCUGCCAAGUUCCUUCGACUUUUGCUCCUAAUUCUGAUUCCGUGCAUCUGUGCCCUUAUCCUUUUGUUGGUGAUCCUGCUUACCUUUGUAGGGGUGUUAGAAAAAACAUGCUUUUAUUCAAAUGGAAGUGAGGUCCUCACAGUUAAUGGUGACAUUGAAACAUCUGGUGUUCUUUUGCCAAACACGGUUGAAAACAGUUCCAAGACUGAUACCACAGUGGAUCUCAGCACACGGCCCUCUCCCUGGACCAGCACGUCUUUAUCCCACAUUGACCAAAUGAACAAGAACUCAAAUAUAUUUAGAGAGACUUUCCAGGAAAAUUCAUUUGCUCUCGCAACUCAAGCCACCGUGCUCAGUCCUCAUCCUACAUAUGAUGCUGCUUUGGGAGAGGGCUCUGAAGACAGCACCCAGCUGUUUGCCACUGCAGAAGAGGCAACUUUGUGGUCUACAGAGGCAUCCUUUAACAGCAUAGAGAGGAUGACCACUCCGCCACUAAUAAGUUCUACCCACCCAUCUGUGUCACAAAAAACGGAUCAGACAAAAAGUGCCUGCAUAAAUAUCACCAACAGCCAAUGCCAAAUGCUGCCAUAUAACUACACCACUGUAACUUCAGUUCUUUCCAUUGUCAAAAGUAUUGAAAUGGAAAAGUUCCUGAAGUUCUUCAGUUAUCUCAGUCGUCUCAGCUGCUAUCAACACAUCAUGCUGUUUGGCUGUAGUCUUGCUCUUCCUGAAUGCAUCAGUGACGGUGAUGACAGCCGAGGCCUCUUGCCCUGCAGGACAUUUUGUGAGGCAGCAAAAGAAGGCUGUGAACCAGUCCUGGGUAUGGUAAACGCUUCUUGGCCAGAAUUCCUGAAGUGCUCUCAAUUCCAAAACAAAACUGAAAAUGACACCACGACAAGGGUAUGCUUCUCACCACACCAAGAAAGAGGCAGGCAGUCACUGUGUGGAGGAGAGGAGAGUUUCUUGUGUGCCAGUGGGAUCUGUAUCCCAGGAAAACUCCAGUGUAAUGGCUACAAUGACUGUGAUGAUUGGAGUGAUGAGGUCCAUUGCAAUUGCAGUGAUGAUGUAUUUCGUUGCAACACGGGAAAAUGCCUAAAUUAUACCUUUGUUUGUGAUGGCUAUGAUGACUGUGGAGACCUUAGUGAUGAACAAAACUGCGAUUGUAAUCCAGUGACACAUCAUCAGUGUGGAGAUGGGAGAUGUAUAACAGCUGACUGGGUAUGUGAUGGUGACCAUGACUGUAUAGACAAAUCAGAUGAAAACAAUUGCUCAUGUCAUAGUCAGGGUCUGGUGGAGUGCAGAAAUGGGCAGUGCAUUCCUAGUGCAUUCCAGUGUGAUGGAGAUAAUGACUGUAAAGAUGGAAGUGAUGAAGAAAACUGCAGUGAAAGUCAAACCCUCUGUCAGGAGGGAGACCAGAGAUGUUCUUCCUGUCCUGAUCCCUGUGGAACUUCUCUCUGUGAGAUGAGAAACAGCCAGACAAACUGCAGUCAGUGCGAACCAAUUACUCUGGAACUCUGUAUGAACUUGCCUUACAACUACACUUAUUACCCAAACUACCUGGGCCACAGGACGCAGAAGGAAGCCUCUAUCAGCUGGGAGUCUUCUCUUUUCCCAGCCUUGGUUCAGACCAACUGCUACAAGUACCUUAUGUUUUUUGCCUGUACAAUCUUAGUACCAAAAUGUGACCCCCAUACAAAUCAGCGGAUCCCGCCUUGCAGGACGUUGUGCGUACAGUCUAAGGAGCGCUGUGAGUCUGUGCUUGGGAUUGUAGGUCUGCAGUGGCCAGAAGAUACUGACUGCACUCAGUUUCCAGAUGAGAAUGCAGACAAUCAAACAUGUCUAACACCAGAUGACGAUGUAGAAGAAUGCUCACCCAGUCACUUCAAGUGCCGCUCCGGGAGGUGUGUCCUGGCAUCCAGAAGAUGUGACGGUCAAGCUGACUGUGAGGAUGAUAGUGAUGAGGACAGCUGUGGUUGUAAAGAAAGGGGUCUUUGGGAGUGUCCUUUGAAGAAGCUGUGCAUCAAACACACUAUGAUCUGUGACGGUUUCCCAGACUGCCCUGACAUGAUGGAUGAAAAGAACUGCUCAUUUUGUGACGAGAGCGAACUUGAAUGUGUCAACCAUGAAUGUGUGCCACGGGAGCUGUGGUGCGAUGGGCAAGCAGACUGCAGUGACAGCUCCGAUGAAUGGGACUGUGUUACCCUGUCUAAAAACACGAGUUCCUUGAUGUUCCUGACCAUUCACAGGUCAGCUGCUGAUAACCAUGUUUGUGCUGAUGAGUGGGAAGAAAAUUUAAGCCAGCUGGCCUGCAAUCAGAUGGGUUUAGGAGGCCCGUCCAAAACAGAAAUUGUAAUAGAGAACGAGGAAAUGCAGCAUCAAAAAUGGCUGAAUCUGCACUCAGACUGGAGGAAUAAAAAUGCAUCCACUUUACAUGCACUUCUAGUGAAUGGACAGAUGUGUCGAAGCAGAAGCAAAGUGGCUCUCUUUUGCACUAAAGAAGACUGCGGCCGGCGCCCAGCUGCUCGCAUGAACAAGAGGAUCCUGGGGGGCAGGACCAGCCGGCCGGGCCGGUGGCCGUGGCAGUGCUCCCUGCAGAGCGAGCCGAGCGGACACAUCUGCGGCUGCGUCUUGAUUGCCAAGAGAUGGGUCUUGACAGUAGCGCACUGCUUUGAAGGGAGAGAAAAUGCAGCUGUUUGGAAGGUAGUGUUUGGGAUUAGCAAUCUUGAUCAUCCAUCAGGCUUCAUGCAGACCCGACUAGUGAAGACCAUUAUCCUCCACCCGCGCUACAACAGGGCGGUGGUGGACUACGACAUCAGCAUCGUGGAGCUGGACGAGGACAUCAACGAGACAAGCUACGUGAGACCCGUCUGCUUGCCCAGCAAGGACCAGUUGGUUCGGCCAGAUACCUACUGCUACAUCACAGGCUGGGGACACAUGGGCAACAAAAUGCCUUUCAAGCUUCAGGAAGGAGAGGUUCGCAUCAUCUCCUUAGAGCAAUGCCAGUCGUACUUCGACAUGAAAACCAUCACCAGCAGGAUGCUGUGCGCCGGCUACGAGUCUGGCACCGUGGACUCUUGCAUGGGUGACAGCGGAGGCCCGCUGGUGUGCGAGCAGCCUGCGGGGCGCUGGACUUUGUUUGGUUUAACAUCUUGGGGCUCCGUCUGCUUUUCCAAGGUUUUGGGACCUGGAGUUUACAGUAACGUGUCACAUUUUAUUGAGUGGAUCGAAAGACAAAUAUACAUCCACACCUUCCUGCUAAACUAACUCCAGAUGGUGAGAAUUGUGCUGACAGAGAAGAAAAAAGGAAUCGGCACUUCGGCGCUGAAGAUUUUGCAGUCCAGGAACUCGGUGAAAUAGAGUUUCAAGCUCUAUUUAUUCUUGCUGUGGAGCUAUGGAAUACGCAGUGUAUGUUAAGGGUAAACCCUCCGCUGGUGAAUAUACUUUGGGGUACAAUUAAUAAUCCUUUUGACUUUUCUUUUAGCUGUGUUGUGGUGCUAUUCCAAACACAGCAAAAGGCUUAAAAAGAAAAGAAUCAGCCACUUUCUGCCUUUCAGCUCUUCAAACUAAGCAGUAGCACAGACUAGAAAAGCCUUUUUAGAUGAUAACCUAUUUUAAUACUGUUCCAUUAGUAGCACGUGCAUUUUCACUCCCUCCUUGUCAUCAGGAACGAACUCGGUGCAUUCGGACGGGACUGACCAGGCAGAGGGUGCGGGAGAGAUGGAGGAGUCUGUCCAUCCACGUGGCAGAGGGCAAGUCCAGCUACACACGUAGGUUUCCAAAGGGCAGAACGUGUUCUGUCCCUCAGGGUGGACAACUGGCCCGGGAAGAACCCUGUGCCAUCCUGACUCACAGCUUUUCUUCCCAGAGCCAGCUUGGGUACCUCUGCGGGGCGAUGGAGGGACCACCAGACCCAUAACUACCACCCGAGGCCAAACCUUAGUUGUUCAGAGUCUUUGGGCAGUUUCUACCACUUAAUUUUCUGACAGUGUCUUAACACUAAUUAGGCCAGCUCUCACACCCACGCCCCACUAGCUUUUUUCCCCAUUUUUCUGUAGUGUGUUCAGCUUUCAAAGCGUGCAUUGAACAUCUCCAGUCCUCUAAAGACACAACAGGAUUGGCAAUGCCACUGCAAUGGUUCCCUGUAGAGUCAGCUGCUUUGAAAAUUGAGAUAUGGAAAAUGCAAAUUUAAAGUGUAGAAGAUAGAGCAUGAGCCAUCCAGAUACUGGGAAACUGGGUGGUUUUGGCUGGGUCUCUUCUAAUAUCUUGCAUUCAAAGCUUCAUUUUGCUUUGCAAGAUCGAACAAUUGGAAGAAAUCAAUCUGAAUGAUAGAUGAGUUGGAUCCUAACUUCUUUUGAAGUGAACGUUUAGAAAUAUGUUAAACAAAGUAGAACAGAACAGCUUCAUCAGCAAAGGCUUGAGGAGCCGUGCUUGGGAGCCAGACAGCAGCGUGCUCCGUGCAGCAGGCCAGAGGCUAAGCCUUCACCCCAAGAGUCUGGCUGAAAAACAUGAUCAUGGUCCUUGGCACCUCUUUUUGGUGCUGGAGGGAAGGUGGGUCUCAUCGACUGCUGCAGCAGACGUCCCACGCAGCUUUUGGGAGGCCAGAGUAGGAGGCGUGGGGCACCUGAGGAUAAAGGGUGAGUUCACUGGGGAGCAACUUGUUUAAAGUGUGUGUGUUUUCAGCCCUGUGCCUGGUCCCCUGUGACUCCAGCCUGAGGCAUCCAGCGACCCUCUCUGCUACCUCUGGCACGGGGCAGGGCCUUGUCAGUGCCAUGGCUGCCGCACGCGGAACCGUGCAUUAACAGAGCUAACUAAUGGACACGCCAGGUACUAUUAAUCACGUUACAACUAAUCUACAUAGAUCUGACUAUUGCUUUAGUGAAGGUUUACUUCUUCUUUCCGUAUCUUUUCCUUUAACACGCUUAACAUUAUACAUACUAGACAGCUCUCUAGGCAGCAUUACUAAGAAAUAUUCAAUAUUUAUGUUAUGGAUUCUGAAACUAUUUAAGUGACUAUUGUAUCACUGUUUCAUGCUCAGAAAGAAAACCCUUCAAGGCUUUGCUACUUUUGGGUUUGUUUUCACUAUAACAUAUAAAUGCUUUUCUUACCCCAGCUGUAAGAGAGAAGGCAGCUGUGACCAUGUGUUUUCCAGUGCGAGCAGGUUACAGGUGAAGCAGGAUAUGAAGCUGGAGCUCUCAGUGCCCCACUUCAGCUUUUCUGUGGGGCCAGGAUCUCUGCAGCUGUAGGGCAGCACCAUUUAGUGUCCCAGAGCUGUUCUGGAGCGGGUGGCCCAGGGGCUGUCGGAGCCAGCCUGCCCCGCUGUCCCCCCACGGGGCUGGUGACAGACAGGGCUUCAGUGAGGUGGCUUCUCCAGGGGUAAAACCAAAGAGGUGCUGUCAUGAGAUGAACAGCCCAGCCCCACACCUCUCUACCAGAUGAAGCAGCUCUGAAUUUUGUAAAGCACCUGGAGAACAUAUAAUUUCAUGUAGAUAUCAGCACUACCAAAUGAUAAUACAUAAUUACACAUUUUAAUUAACUGGGUUUGGCCUGCCACCAGUUUCCAAGCAGUCCCUCCCAGGAACCAAGGCAGAAUCCUGCUUAAACACAUGGUCCAGCCCCCUCCUGCCUGGGAUCAGGCUGCAGAAGUCACAGGCUGAGCCCCAUCCCAAAUGGAUUUAGGAGGGAGCAGUCGGGUCUUUUCCUUCCCCGCAACGGUGUCUGACACAACAUUCCAUGUAAAGAGGAAAUUUGUAAUUUUAUAAAUGUAUUUUUAUACUGCUUUUUUUAUGUGUGCACAUGAAAUAAUAGAGAAAGGUACUCCUCUUCCUCCUCCUGCUGUACCCAGCCCUUCCCUGGUGCCGACAGACCGGCUCCCACCCCAGUUACGCUGUUUCUCUGACAACUGUGGCCUCCCCGUCAGGUAACAACUGCUGGUUUUACUGCUGCCACGGCUGUAGCUCCAACUGGAAGCGAUGGCGCGCAGUCAAGCAGAUGUGUUUCUUUCUAGCUGUAUUAAUAAAAAUUUACAAUCAUUUUCCAAGUAA